GAGAAUAAAAAAAAAGUCGCGAUGGAGCCACCGGCAUGGAAACAGCGACAAAACAGUAGCCAGAGUCAGAGUAUAAAAACAUCGCCAUAGCCCACAGUCUAUUGUGACCAUUGUGUGCUUUAGUUUCUCCUUCUCCGCGGCUUGGUCAAGGACAAAACCAAGUAGAAUUUACAGCCGGGAUGAGCGGCGGCCUCGAGUUGUAAGCAGUGUCUAUCAGUGUCUAUGUCUACAUAAUAAGGGACAGGAAAAAUUAGGGCUCCAGAAGAGACUCAUGAGAGCACACAUUUGCAAGUGUUCGUGAGUGAGGACAGGAGGCUUGGAGGUGUUUGUGGCGAAGCUAGAGUUAAAAUAGGGAGGACAGAGUUCAGCGGAGAGGAAAUUGAUGUCGAAAGGGCGUUGAGAUACACCAUGUAAGGACGUCAUAUUUUAUUAAUAUAAUUUUUUUUAUACCUACUGCGGUUGUCGCUGGGCAACGGGUUCUGACAGAGCAUCGGGAACGGGACAUCAAUCAGCGAAAGGACUGAUGGAGAAAUAGUGACACACUAUCAAGUAGUUUUGGUAUGUCAGUCUUCAAUAGUAAAAUAAAAAGUCUUAGUCUCUGUCAUGUGUUGAUAUUUUUUUGUACUUGAUCUUGUGGGUUCGAAAAAAAAUGUUCAACGGAAAAUUUGUCAGCUUUAUUUUGUGGUACGUGUGUCUGAGCAACGAAUUUGACAUUACGGGUGUCGAGGUUUAAUUAACCUGGUGAUAAUAAAGGGCCAUCAGAAUAGGCAGGAAUAGGGAAAAUAGCAGCCGCGGGGGCAGAAAACAAAGAGGCGGAAUGACGAGGCCUCCUAACAAUGAUAACCUUAUGACCUUCAAGCUGGUGGUGGUUGGAGAUGGAGGUGUCGGAAAAAGUGCUUUGACAAUACAGUUUUUCCAAAAGCUCUUUGUCACCGACUAUGACCCCACCAUCGAGGACAGCUACAUCCAGCACACUGAAGUGGACAAGCAGUGGUGCAUUUUGGAUGUGCUGGACACUGCAGGCCAAGAAGAGUUCAGUGCAAUGAGAGAACAAUACAUGAGAAAAGGAGAUGGCUUUUUAUUGGUUUACUCCGUAACUGAUAAACAGUCGUACGAAAAUAUUGUUAAUUUUUAUACUCAGAUACUUCGGGUCAAAGACAGAGAUGUCUAUCCCAUGCUGCUGGUGGCCAACAAAGUUGAUCUUGUUCACUUGAGAAAAGUUACUGAGGAACAGGGCCGAGAGUUGGCGCAUCGUUUGGGUAUUCCGUACAUUGAAACAUCAGCAAAAGAUCCUCCGCUAAAUGUCGAUGCGGCUUUUCAUGAGGUCGUACGUAUUAUACGGAACCAGCCACCCACGGACUUUGAUAAGAAACGGCGGAAACGACGACGUUCCAGCAAGUGCAAUGUACUGUGAGCCUGAAUUACGAUACUUAAUACUGAGUACUAAGUAUGUUUAAUCAACGAGUCAAAUUAUUUACUGUUCAGCUUGGAUUCAUUUAUUUUAUUUUAAAAGUUCAGCAAAGGUAUUUUUAAACAUUAUUACUAUACUGCCUGAUAGAAAUAUCCACGAUUGAUUACGAUUAUUAUUUAAGUAUGUCAUUGAAUGAAAAAAAACGUGAUUUUUAAAAUUAAUUAUUGUUUAAAUUUCAACAUUACUUGAAAGCAAACUCUAAUGGACGAAAUCUAGAUCAUAUUUACAGAUUUUUAAAUAAUCGAUCUAUUGUAAUAACAAUAGUCGUUUCCUUUUAAAUUAAUUGGUAAAAAAAACUUAUAAAUUAAAAUAUUUUAAUGAAUUAGUGAAAUUAAAUUGGAUCGACAGCGCACAUCUAAAUAUAUGUAUAUGUAUAUUUAUUGCAGUAUUUUAUCUCGAAUCUCGAUGAUACUAUUUAUACCAUUGACACAUUGUGGAAUUGAUCGUUUAUAAAUUCAGCGAAAUUAAAUAUUUUCGCAUGAAUAUAAAGCUUUUUUCAAUGAUAAAUUUUGUCAUAAAAUGACUAUAAUAAUUUUUAUAAUGAGAGAUUUUUAAAAAAAAUAUUUAAAAUGUCUUUUAGAGUAAAAAAAAAAAAAAAAAAAAAAAAAAAAAUUUCAAUUGAUUGUUAAAAUUAAUUAGAUAAUUAAUUAAUAUUAUUUAGUUCUAUGCAGAAAAAAAAUAUUUCUUGGCUCAAGAAAAUUUUUUUAUGAUGCAAAAAAUUUAUUAGGUCUAGUAAUAAUUUUCUUGGGUCGAGUAACAAUUUUUUGCGACAAGAAAUCAUUUUAUUUUGUACAGGACUACAUAUUGAGGUACCUUAUAUAUAUAUAUGUAUAUAUAUUUCUGCAUGUGUUCUAUUUUUACUUUAAUAUUAAUAAAUAUUUUUGUAAUCCGCGGAUAAAUAUUUAAUUUAAAUAAAAGACUUUUAUUUAAAUUAAUUCUCAACGCACAAACGAGUUGUAGAAAUAAAUAAUUUUAUCCAUAGACUUAACAUUUCAUUUAAAUUAUAAAUGAAAUGUCAUUAAUUAAUUAUCAAUUUAAAAAAAAAUUAUGUUUUUAUCAAACUUAAAUUUUCUCAACAUAAUUAUAUAUUUGUAUAAAUUAUUAAAUGUGAAUAAAUGCCAACGCUCAUAAAAUAUAAACCAGAUUUGAAAAUUUUGUGUAUUAUGAGUUUAAAAUUAUCGAUUAUCAAAUCGAUAAUUAUUGAAUUUAAAAAAAUUUUACUGAAAAGAUUAGAAGUACUGUUUGAAUGCGACAAUAAACGGUUCCACGUGAGCCUUUUCCAAAAAAUAUAAAAGACGAAUAGCAUUUUAAAUCAGCCAUUUAACUUUUAUUUUAAACAUAAUUUAUAAUUAAUUAACAAACGAAAUUUAAAUUCGAGUACCUAUUCGUCAGCACAUCGAAACUCAGGGCUCACUUAAUUAAAAUGCUUAAUUAAAAAUAGCUUAUUUAAUAAUAAUAAAUUUGCUGUAAAUUAUGCAUCGAAAUUUGGCAAUGAAAAACAAAAGAAAAAAUUUGCCUUGAAAUAAAACGAGAGAAAAAAGUUUAAGUAUUUAAUUAUAAAAAAGAAAAUAAAUAUUAAAUUAUUGUGAUCUCACUCUUUAAUUGGUAUUUUUAAUAAUAAUAAUUAUUAUUAUUAUUAUUUUUUAGCUUAAAUUUAUUUAUUAUAAACAAUAAAUAAACAUAUAAGUUAACAGUAGCCACAGCUGUGAUAAUAAUUAUUUGCCAGCUGCCGACUUCAAAAUUAUUUUGAAAAAACUCUAAUUGAUAUCGAAAAUAACUAAGCGAUUUAAAUAUAUA